AUGAAGUUAUGGAAAGGUGCUACUUUUGCCUUCAUGCUCUGUGGCGCAGCCCUGUCCAUCCUCCUCAUUAGAAACAUGGCCACUAUCGGACAGUUCAAUCUAAAGACAAAAUACUCAUCUUCAUCCGCAUCAAGACAGUCCUCAUCAUCAAAAUCACUUUCCAAAACCUCCCUGCCAUCACCCUCAUCAUCAUCAUCAUCAACCUCCUCAGCAGAACUUACGGUGUUGUCCAGGCCGAUGGGUGGUCUUCAUCGGAGAACCCGCUCUACAGACGAAGUGAACUCCAUCCUCUCAGAGUUCUCCAUGAUGUUCCAGAGCUUCACAGAAGGCGAGUUUCAGCAUGUGGUCGGGAAACUUUUGGACAGGAAAAGACAGGGCCGGCGCCUGAGCCAGAGCCAAACCCGAAGGACUAAAAGAGCCCGGAGCCCUAAGUCCUGCGUUCUGAAGAAGCUGGAGGUGACUGUGAGUGAACUGGGUCUCGGCUAUGAAAGCGAUGAGACGGUGAUGCUGCACUACUGCAGCGGCAAAUGCACAGAACACCGUCACAACUACGACAUCACCAUGGACUACAUGAUGCGAACACGCUUCAAGAGGGGCCGUAAGGUUAGCAAAGGCCCCUGCUGCCGGCCCAUUGCAUUCGAGAAGGACUUCUCCUUCCUGGACAACAGAAGCCGCUAUCACACAAUACAGAAUGUUUCGGCGAAGAAUUGUGGGUGUGUAUGA